AUGAACAAUCUAUCCAACGCAGCGGCAUCAGCAGCGCUACGCAAACAUUCGUCUACGUCCAACCUGACAGACCAUCGGUCCAGCUCCUAUAAUCCAAACAUCUACCGUUCCAGCAGCAUGACGUCCAGCAGUUUCAGACCGGGCAACUCCCGCACCAAUUCUCUGACAUCCAACUCCUCUAGAUACACCACCGGCUUCACCACCACUACAACCACCACAACGAAGAAACUGCCCUCGAGCCGUCUCAGCACGCCGACUAAGAUUGUGAAGACCACCAAGGAGCAGGACGCCGAAGGCAGAACCCGCUCCAUCACGAAAACCACCAUUGAGCAGAAAGACGGUUUCGAAGUUGUCAAAACUACAGUUGUUAAGCCAAGUAUUGUGGAGAACUACAACGAUCUAGGAAGCAUUGCGGAAGGAUUCGACGAAGAAUUCUAUCACGAAGAGGAGCCGCUGCCCAACAACACCCAGGAACUGGAGAACAUUCAAGAGGAACCGACCGAGCCCGAGAAAAUCGAACUUAGACAACAAAAACAGCCUCAACCUGAAACACACGAGUCUGCAGAAUCUGCAAGGACCCACACUUACCGCCAACUCACCCAAUCCAAGGUCAAGCCACGUACCAGUCUUUCACCUGCACGCAUAAUCCUCAAGAACCCUACUCCCGACGACGACUCGGACGGACAGUCCAUCUAUUCUGAUGCCAACGAGGCCAAUCCUAAUGCUGUGAAAAAUAAUUUUAGUGAGAAGGUUACAGAGGAAAUUCGGUCGUAUGCGUCGAGUACGGCCGGAAACUCGCCUGUGAUUCCUCAAAGGUCUGCGUUUAGGGCCCCUUCUGCAUUAGCACCGCGUGCCAACAGCAUCACCUCAAACACUUCGUCUAUGCGCAAGCAGGUGAAAAUCAUGGGCCCCGACCCGGCAGAGUCUCGCUACAGCUCAUCUCCUCCUGCUCCUGCCGUUCCUCUUAACAGGCCCACCCCAGAAGAGCUGUAUCAGCAGGCAUAUCAGGUUGCCAUGCAGAAAGUGUACGGAGCCCGUCCAAACAGCUUGCCUGACUCGGGAAGUGUGACCGAGAUGGAUGUGGACACACAAAAGAACACUCUGCUGAACUCGUCGUCGAGCCAAAACGGCCGCACGAUGUCUCUGACCCAGAAACCAGUGAGUCCAGUCCCGGCAACUCCAACGUACCAGUCCAAUGCCGCAGGAGUGGGAUUCAGAACGCACACGUUACGUGGAGAGCUGGAUGCGAAGGAAGAAAAGAAAUUGAAGGCAGCGCAGCACAAGGAGGAGAAGAAAAAGCUGAAAGAGAUACGCAAGGAGCAGAAGGGCGAGCUGUCAGAGCUGAGCAAACAACGCAAGUCGGCAAGAAAGAACGUGGACGAGUUUAGCGAGAAGAAACGGAUUUUCAGCUUUAAGAAGAAAGUUCCCUCGACCACCGCCGAGAACGCCACGGACAACUCUAUCACUGUGACCCUUCCCUUGGAGGAAGAGCACGCAGCCAAUGCGAAGCCUCAAAAGAGCGAAAAAGCAGGCGUUGGGCGCAAGUUCAAGAAAUUCUUUAAUUUGUAG